AUGGGGGAGGUUUGCGGCAGGCGGCAGGAGGAGGAGGAGGAGGAGGAGGAGGAGGAGGAGGAGGGCGAGGGGGUCGAAAACGCAAGCGAAGGUAAACCCUGUCCUCACAACGCGCGGGACUGUGUUCCGAGCUCCGGCCGCGCCGAGAGCUGCGCGCCUAACAACGUGGCCGGGGGCAUUUGCAUUCGAGCAGCCGCGCGGCGCCUGCAUCCGGGCGAGGGUAGGCCACCCGAGAAGCAGCGCUGUGCGUGCGGUCGCCCGCCGCUCCAGGGGCACUCAGCCCCGGGGCCGGUGCGGAGGCGGGAGGUGUGUGACGGUGCCUUUCGGCCCGUGUGCCUUUCGGCCCCAGUGCCUUUCGGCCCCAGUGCCUUUCGGCCCCAGUGCCUUUCGGCCCCAGUGCCUUUCGGCCCCAGUGCCUUUCGGCCCCAGUGCCUUUCGGCCCCAGUGCCUUUCGGCCCCAGUGCCUUUCGGCCCCAGUGCCUUUCGGCCCCAGUGCCUUUCGGCCCCUGUGCCUUUCGGCCCCAGUGCCUUUCGGCCCCUGUGCCUUUCGGCCCCAGUGCCUUUCGGCCCCAGUGCCUUUCGGCCCCAGUGCCUUUCGGCCCCAGUGCCUUUCGGCCCCAGUGCCUUUCGGCCCCAGUGCCUUUCGGCCCCAGUGCCUUUCGGCCCCAGUGCCUUUCGGCCCCAGUGCCUUUCGGCCCCAGUGCCUUUCGGCCCCAGUGCCUUUCGGCCCGUGUGCCUUUCGGCCCGUGUGCCUUUCGGCCCCAGUGCCUUUCGGCCCGUGUGCCUUUCGGCCCGUGUGCCUUUCGGCCCCAGUGCCUUUCGGCCCCAGUGCCUUUCGGCCCCAGUGCCUUUCGGCCCCAGUGCCUUUCGGCCCCAGUGCCUUUCGGCCCCAGUGCCUUUCGGCCCCAGUGCCUUUCGGCCCCAGUGCCUUUCGGCCCGUGUGCCUUUCGGCCCCAGUGCCUUUCGGCCCCAGUGCCUUUCGGCCCCAGUGCCUUUCGGCCCGUGUGCCUUUCGGCCCCAGUGCCUUUCGGCCCCAGUGCCUUUCGGCCCCAGUGCCUUUCGGCCCGUGUGCCUUUCGGCCCCAGUGCCUUUCGGCCCCUGUGCCUUUCGGCCCGUGUGCCUUUCGGCCCUGUGCCGCGUAUCCGCGAACAUCUAGUCCCUUACUUCCUCAUCGAUCCUUCUUCGCGCACUUGUUAG